AUGGAGAUGCCACACAAGCCACGACGCACUCUGGCCCAUGCUGGCAGACAGUGUGCAGACACUAGGGUGACAUCUGGCAGCCCAGGGGAUUCAGGAGAGCAGGUGCUGACACUGGGCAGGGGCUCCUCCCCCCAGGCCUGCUGGAGUCGCCCCCAGCUCUGUGCAAGGACCAUCUCUGUACUGCAGCUGCACGUCCUGUUGGCAUAUUGCAUUCUGAUCUCCUCUUCUGUUGGGCCACUGGCUAAAGAAGUGACCCCUGUGGUGGAUGUCACCUGCAGCCAGCAGGCCUUCAAGGGCGACUUCAUCCUGAUGUGCUGGGCUUCCAGCUUCUAUCCCUGGAAUAUCUGCCUGGCCUGGCAUCAGGUCGGGGCACCUUUGAGCCUGGAUGCCCAGCAGUCUGGGGGAGUCCUACGCUAUGGGAAUGGGACCUACCAGAGCUGGGUGGCCACAAGGGCCCAAGGAGAGGAGCAGAGGUUCCCCUGCUAUGUGGGACACAUUGGGAAUGACAGCACUCAUGCUGUGCUCUCUGGGGAGCCUGGGGUGACGCUGCAGGGCUGUGACCUGGGAGGGCUGGGCCAGGCGGGGGGCAGAGGAGGCUGUGGCUCUGGGUGUCCAGCAUGUGGGGAGUCUCUUUUCUCAGGGAAGGCCCUGGUGUUCGUCGUCGAUGACCAGCCCUUCUGUGUGCUGCUGCUGCUGUCAUCGUUCUAUUCUCUGUGUCCUUUGGUACAAGAGAAUGCCAACAUUAGCUGCAGGGGGUCCAGGCCUGGGCAGAUGGGCAGACGGUUGGUUUCCUGCCCCGCAGCGAGGGCCCGUCCAGGUGGCACCCACAGCAGGGACAGUGCAGAGCUCCUGAGCCUACAAGUAUUCGCGACGAGUCUUCUCACAUUGCUGGUUCAAACUCCUGGACUCAAGCAUCCUCCCACCUCAGCCUCUCAGAACGCUGGGAUUACAGGCACAAGCCACCACAUGCACUCAUUCCUCACGAUUUCUGAUGACAAACUGGAGAGGUCCCAGAGCAUAUAGACCUUGAUUGAAUCAGGGGCAGAAUGAAGUCAGGAGAAACCUGGUUUUGGAGCCACGUAAGUGUAAAGUAAGGUCUCAACUCGGAGCCCCAUCAGAGCAUCAGACUCAGUACUAAUUCCUUCCAGCCGCUACUGUGUUUGUCCUGCGAUAACUGGUGUUUGCAGGAAGGAGAAGUAGUUACGUGUGCAGAAAAGUGCAUGAAAUUAGAAAACGUGGACAUGAUUCAGGGAGUGAGAGGGACCCUUGUCUCUUCCAAGGUAGCGGUGGGGCUCUCUGUCCCUUGUCCUGAUCCAUCAAGUGCAGAAGAGAAACUUCCUGCUCUGAGUGAAGUGACCAACAGCGGAAGUUGGAAUGAAGAGAAUCAGGGGCAGCCUCUCUCCCCCCCCAGCCCAGCAAACCUAAGGCAAGGGCUUGGGCUCUGACACUUGGUUCUCAACAUGUGUUUUCCUUCUCUGGUUAAGAAAAGAACCACAUAUAAGAGGAACCAAGGGCUGCAGCUAUUGUGGUACCCAGAGAACUGGGCCAGGGACCAAUGGUGCCAUGUGCUUGUCACUGCUCCACCACUAAGUUGCUGUGACCUCAAGACUCUCUGCCCCUGGAGCCUUUUUGUUGUUGUUGAGUCAGAGUCUCACUCUGUUGCCUGAGCU